AUGUAAUUCGACCAAAAGAAAACUGAUGAUUUAAAGCUUAAUCCCAAAUAUUAAAAUCUCUUAAAAUGGGGAUUAGAUAAUGGUGUGAUCAUUAAAGAUGUAGAUCUACCAGCAGCCUUUGGAGAACUCACUGGCGUUGUUGCAACAUAAGAUAUUCCUGCCAAUACAGUAUUUUAAUAUUUUUAUAACUUUAAGGCAAUCAUCUGUGUCCCUUAAACUUUGAUUAUAUCCUAAGAAAAAUGCAAGUUGAGUUCCUUAUCCAUUGUCUAUGAUAAGCAUCCUGAACUAUUCAAUGAAAAUUAGACUUCCGAUGCUGAAUUCAAUAUCCUAAGUAACAAUUUACAUCAGGGGCUUAGUUUUUUAUUUGUUCAAUGAGAAGAAAAAGGGGGAACAAUCAUUUUUUUAUCCAUACAUUCAAGCCAUCUAAACCAACAAUACCUUAAUAGAUUGGACCAAAGAAGAACUUAGUUAUAUUGAAGAUCCAAUUGUACUAGAUGAAUUUGCUAUUGUAAACGAGGAUAUAAAAACCCUAUGGAAUUACGCCUAAGAUAUAUUUAAUGAAUUUAAUCAAAUCUUUGGAGAAGUAAAACCAACUGAUAAACAAGAUUUUUAUUGGGCUGCUUAAAGUGUUAUGAGUAGAUCCUUUGGUUGGUCCUUGAAAUCCACUAGCAUGAUUCCUAUUGCUGAUUUUCUCAAUCAUUCCAACAAGGCUUGUACUCAUUACUUUGUUCACUCUAAAGUUGAGAAGCUCGAAUAAGAAAGAUUUCAAGCAAAGAAAAAUAGAAGAAAUAACCAAGAUUCUAAUAGUGAUCUUGAAGAUCUAGAAAAUAUGGAAGAUUCAUUUAUUAGAUUGGUGCAGGAGUACUAUAAAAUAAAGGGGAAUAAAAUCAAUUUAAGUGCUCUCAAGAUACAAUAAGAUGAAUCUUAGAUCAAAUAAUUUGAAGAUUCAAAGAAGACUUUUAUUUUACAUCACUAGGAAUAUCUCACAGAAAAUCAAUUGAAAAAUCUAGAUAAUUUGGAAAAUCUGUCAAAUGAGGAUAAAAGAUCAAUGAUUAAUUGGAUCAAUUAUGAGAAAAUGAAAUAAAAACCAGAAGUCAACCUUUGGGAUUUGGGAUUCGUUACAUCCUCAGAUAGUGAAGACAAUGAUUCUGAUGAGGACAUUGAACUAGCCAGAAACAAGCAGUUAGAAUCUGUGAAAUAAAAAGAGUUAAUUGAAUGGAAAGUUAAAAUAAAAGAAGAUAAACAAAAGUAGGGGAUAAAUCAAUAAGAAAUUAAAAUAGAGUAAUAAAUUGUUGAAUAAAAUUAAGAGCUAGAUAAUCAAUAAAACUAAGGAGAUAAUACAGAUAGUGAAAAUAUUUUAACAAUCUGUCUAAAUAAUGGUAUUAUUGUUAAGUAUUAUCCUAGAAAAGAAAAACUAAGUAACCAUCUAAGGUAUGGCUAUGCAAUAGAUCUAAACUUAAUAGAUCUAAACUUUGAAAUAGAACCAGCAAUAAAUAAUAGAAUAAGAUGAAUAGUAGGAUAAAGAGAGUGAGAGGGAGGACAGUGAAGAGUCAAACUGGGAGUGGCUUGAAGAGAAUGACUAAGAUGCUUAUUUUUGUAUUACAACUACAGAACCAAUAAAGUAACAUGAAUAAGUUACAGUGUCUUACGGAAGAAGAACCAACAGAUUCUUACUCAGCUGGUAUGGAUUUACUUUGCCUGAAAAUAAAUACAGCUCCUUUAAUUUUAGAGUAAGAAGUUGAUCCUAAUAAAGUUAUGGCUCAAUACAUAAAUUAGUAAAGAGAAGAUGUAGAGUUAAUAGCAGAUCUUUGACACUAUUACUAUUAAUAAGUUGAUUAGUUCUAAGGAAUGGGACACGGGCAUAAUCAAAUUUAACGGAUAUGAAAUUCCUGUCUCAUCAAUUACAAAGGAAUUCAGAAUCAAAAAGAACAAACUCAAUAUGGACUUGAUUAUGUAUUUGAGAUUGUAUCUAAUGCUUUAUAAAGUCUAAGAAAAGGAUGUGUAUAUCACUAUACCGGUUUCAGUUGAUUAUGAAGUAUUUGUGAUGCAGUUUUGUAUAUAAUUAUUGUAGCAUUAUCUUAAUUCCUACUCUUAGGAACUGGCCUAAGACAUUAAAGAAUUAGAUACAUAAAUAUCAUUCUCAAGAAGGUUUGCGGUAGAGAUUAUCAUUUAUUGUAGCUCCACAUAAAUAAAGAACGCAAAGAAAUUCUUAUCAAUUAGGUUAUGAUUCUAUUGGAGGCUAUUAUUAUCUUAAAAAAAUACCAGGAAAGCAAUGAUUUGAAGCAAUCGUACAUAUCAGAGAUCCAUAAUAAUGUUCAUUACAAGAUGGAAAUUUUACGAGGCUUAAAGGGUUAUCUCAAAUCAAUUCAUGAAUUUCUUUGA